GGCCGGUCGUAAGAAGAGCUGGAGCUGCGGGAGGGGAUCAUGUCGGAUUCAGAGCUCGGCAGGAAGUGGGACCGGUGCUUGGCGGAUACGGUCGUGAAAAUAGGUACUGGUUUGGGAUUAGGAAUUAUUUUCUCACUCACCUUCUUUAAAAGAAGAAUGUGGCCAUUAGCCUUUGGUUCUGGCAUGGGAUUGGGAAUGGCCUACUCCAACUGUCAACAUGAUUUCCAGUCUCCUUAUCUUCUUCAUGGAAAAUACGUCAAAGAAUGCCAUAAUCCAGGAACAGUGACUUAG